GUUGAGCAGUCAGUCCGUUUUCUGCUUCCGUACUGUUCGUGUGUGCGCUCCGGCCUCUCUCUCACUCUCGGACGCGAAAGCCUAAAAGGUGUUCGGGUUUACUUUGGGUUUCUUCGGGUAGUUUUGCUCCUCACUUUUUAUUUCUACCUGUUUGUCUACCUGGCCGCCCCUCCACCUCACAGCCAGCCAUGACCAAGAUCGUGGAGUGCGUCCCCAACUUUUCAGAGGGAAGGGACAAGGCGGUGAUCGAGGCCAUAGCGGGGGCCGUGCGUGGCUGCCCUGGGGUCACUCUCCUGGACGUGGACCCCGGCGCCUCCACCAACCGUACCGUCUACACCUUCGUGGGCGGCCCGGACGAGGUGGUGGAGGCCGCCCUUGCCGCCGCCCGCGUCGCCUACCACAAGAUUGACAUGAGCAAGCAUAAGGGCUCGCACCCCCGCAUGGGCGCGCUGGACGUGUGCCCUUUCAUCCCGGUGCGCGGCGUGACGCAGAAGGAGUGCGUCACCCUCGCCGUCACCUUCGGGCGCCGCCUGGCCAAGGAGCUGGGGGUGCCCGUCUACCUCUACGGCGCCGCCUCGUCCAGGGAAUACCGCUCCACGCUGCCGCAGAUCAGGGCCGGGGAGUACGAGGGGCUCAAGGAGAAGUUGACGCAGCCCAAGUGGGAGCCUGACUUCGGCGGGCGGGAGUUCGUGUCUCGUUGGGGCGCCACUGUCACGGGCGUCAGGAAGUUCCUCAUCGCCUACAACAUCAACCUGCUGUCCACCAAGGAGCAGGCCCACAGGAUCGCACUCAACCUCCGGGAGCAGGGUCGCGGGACGGGCCAGCCUGGUCGCCUCAAGUGCUGCCAGGCCAUCGGCUGGUACCUGGAGGAGCAGCAGCUGGCGCAGAUCAGCGUCAACCUCACCGACUACGACGUGACGCCCAUGCACGUGGUCUACGAGGAGGCCAAGAAGGACGCCGCGGAGCUUCGUCUGGGCGUGAUGGGGUCCGAGGCGGUGGGUCUGGUACCUCUGGGCGCGCUCCUGCAGGCGGCGGAGUACUACAUCCAGAAGGAGGAGCUCUUCAUCCUGGAGGAGGAGCAGAAGGUGCAGCUGGCCAUCAACAGGCUGGGGCUGAGCACGCUGUCGCCCUUCAACCCAAAAGAGCGCAUCAUCGAGUACUGCGUGGGCGUGGGCGGUGCCGGGGCGGGCGUGGGGCGGCUGGGGAAGGGCAGCGUGGAGGAACUGGUGAAGGGGGUGGCCUCGCGCUGUCCUGCUCCGGGCGGCGGCUCAGUGGCUGCGUUGGUGGCGGCGUUGGGUGCCGCGUUGGGUGCCAUGGUGGGCCAGAUGACCUUCGGCAAGCGGCAGUGGGAGGCGCUGGACCCCGCCAUGCGCCAGCUCAUCCCGCCCCUGCACGACGCCGCCACCGCCCUCGUCCCCGCCAUCGACGCUGACACCGCCGCCUACAACGCCUAUAUGGACGCGGUGCGGCUCCCCCAGGUCACGGAGGAGGAGAAGGGCGUGCGGGAGCGGGCCCUGCGUGUGGCCAUGGAGAGGACCAUCCAAGUGCCCCUCUCGCUGCUGAAGACCAUCGACCAGACGUUGGAGCCGCUGCUGCAGAUGGCGACGCUCGGCAACUACAACUGCCGAUCAGACGUGCAGGUGGGCGCGCGGUGCCUUGAGGCCGGGGCGUGGGGUGCCUACUACAACGUGAUGAUUAACCUCGACAACCUGAUGGAGGGGCCAGAGAAGACAUCCCUCCAGACCCAGGCCGAGGAGAUGCUGCAGAAGGCACGUCAGGGCUGCGAGGCGGUGCUGAGCGAGGUCCAGAAGAGGGUUGAAUAGCACAAGGAGGAGGGGGAGAGGAGGAGGAGGGAGAGUGGGACGAGGAGCAGGAGGGAGAGUGGGGUGAGGCGGAGGAGGGAGAGCGCUGGUGUUGGGACAGGAAGGGAGAAUGCUGUGAAUAAGAGGGAAGGGAGUGAGAGAAGGGAAAGGAACAGGAAGAACAGUCAGCCGCCUCCGAGUAGGACGAGAAGACGGUGAGUGAGUGAGUGAGUGAGUGAGGACUGAAGGUGUGUGUGAAAAGAGGUGAAAAGUGAGUAAAUGAGUAAAUGAAUGAGAAAAUGAAGAAAUGAAUGAGUAUAGAAGUGGAUGUUUGAGAGUGCGUGCGUGCGUGUGUGUGAGUGUGUGAAUGAGUGAGUGAAGGUGUGUGCGUCUAUGAAAAAAGGUGAAAAAGUGAGUAAAUAAGUGAGUAAAUGAAUGAGAAAAUGAAGAAAUGAAUCAGUAUGUAAGUGGAUAUGUUUGAGAGUGCGUGCGUGCAUGUGUGUGCGUGUGUGCGUGCAAAUACCGUCUUCUCAAAUUCCUACCUCCUCCUCCUACAUAACCUCUCCCCCUUCCCUCCCUCCCCCUCUUCCCCUCCCUCCCUCUCCUCCUCCCUCCUCCCCCUCGCACUCAACCCCCCCAGCCCCCAAUACGAAGAAAAAAGGGACAUAUCAACUGCCUAAUUAAUCCUUUGUCCCUCUAACGUGUGCUAACUUCAUCCCUAAGAAGUGGAGGGGCAUUUUAAGAGGUUUCAGUACCCUAACUUCCUCUUAACUGGUCCUAACUUCUCCCAACACAGCGGUUCUUAAGGCUUCAGGUCAUAUUUGUCUCUCUGUUAUCAUGUACUGCCCCCAAACCUACAAUUCGUUAAGCAUCUACCAUUUAUUAUGUUCGUUACUAUCGCGGGACUUCAGAUUUUGUGGGCCAAGACUGGAUAUUACACUGGGCAUAUUUUCCGUGGAUCUUCAGUCAAACCACGAUUUCCGCUAACGUGGUUCUCAAUUGUUUGUUGUUAUUGCUGCUGAUGAAGAUGAUGAGUAAUACCGUCGUCCUUCAGUGAAAUCUACCGUAGCUUUGGAAGAUCGUGGACACGUCAGAAAACCACGCAAAUAUGAAAUCACGCCAGCGGAAAUCGUGGUUUGACUGAAGAUCCACGGAAAAUUUGCCCAGUGUAAUAGCCCCUUCAGGCACAGAUGUUUGGGGGCUUGCUAGAUGAAACAGUACGAGUGGCGAGGACAUUGAGAUCUUGGAAAAUUUCACAUGCCUUGGUGAAUACGUGCCCUGGCGUCCUUAAUCAUCCUGCAAUCAUUCCUCCCUGAGACCUGAAGCUUCCCCAGUCCCGGAGCCAAUUGCCCUCUGGUGGAGAAUCGCUGAACUAACACUUUCCUACUAACCCGAGCUUCCCGUCCGUCAGUACACAGCAAGGACACUAUGCUAUAUUGAUCUUGGUACACACUCUCGCUACACACAGGAGUUCAGUUGUUAUUGUUUAAAGAUUUUGUUCAUAGGCCCUUUUUGUCGGGUGACGGCCCAUGAAGAGGGAGCCGACCAACGUUGACAAAUUGUCGUACACUGAACAUUGCAUUUAUCAUUUUUAGGCUCCAAGACUGUCGUAACCACACAAAUAACGAUAGGAAAUUAAAGUUAGCGUUAAAACUGUUAAAUAUUGAUAGGUUUCGUUCUUUUUUGCUAUAGUUAUCGGUCAGAAACUACAAAAAUGCAAUGCGCUGAGUACGAUAAUUUGGCAACGCUGGAGCCGACUGACCGACUCUAUUGCCUGACGCCCACCAAGCCUGGUCUGUCGACGAGGACUGGCGUGUCUCAGGAGUUAAGACUGCCAGAAAAAUGCUACUGACACGAUA